AUGCCAAAGAUCCUGAUCCUGCUAUGUCUGCUGGCCAUUCUUGCGGCCGUCACUGCAGCUGAGCUUGCGGAACCCAAUGCUGAAAACUCAACCUCGCUGUCAGGGGCCGGCGGCUUCCUGCGCGCGUUGCGGCUGAAAAGAGGCGCGCUUUGCUGGAACAGCAUGAGGACCGCGUGCUGCGGAAAGAAGGGCUGCAAAGCGGACGGGUGCACGUGGGUGAUGUGCACAUUGUGCUGU